AUGGAUUUAGAAUUUUCAGAUUUUGAAGAGGCGUUGGAAGCUUUGAGGGAUUUCGAAAUUGAGUCUCACUCACAGUUUGUGACCUACCGCAAAACAAAACAUUUCAACACUUCACAUUUUCCAGAUGAUCUAAGAAGAAGUAGGAUAUGGUUCUCUGGGAACAGUAAUGUUACUGGACCUCUGGCAGCCAACACCCCUUUCAUUGUGAUUGGGUCAUGGGAUCUAGCUUGUAUCCAUGGAGAUAAAAGGAAAGGAAGACAACAAACAAACACAUUGACUGAUCACAACUAUAAGAACAGACGAAAAAAAAGACAAGAAACUAAGAAGCAAGGUUGUCCCUGUAAGGUUAUAAUGCAAGAAGUAUUGGCAUUUGAAGUGCAGCAGGAGCCAACAUCCAGAAAAAGAAGACAAAAUUUGUCGAAGGCUAUAAAAGCUGGCAAACAUGAGGAGUCCAAACGAAGAUUAUUUAUUCUUCGACAGAGAAACCAGCACUCUAAUCACAUAAGUGGAGAAAUUUCAGGUGUCACCAGAAAUAUUUCGAAGGAUGUGUCAAAGAAGAUUCAUGAGUUGGCCUCUUCGGGUGUAACACAAGUACCCUGUGUGCAACGAGAAUUGCGUAUUCAUGUAAAAAGAUUGCCAUUGAAGAAAAGGCCUUCAACAUUUAAUCAACAGUAUUUUCCCUCCAACAAAACUGUCUAUAAUCAUAUUCAGCUUGCUAUCGCAAAAAACAGAUAUUCAACUGAAGAACAAGAGAACGUCAGUAAACACUUGGCAUAUUUGUGCAAAAAUGAGAAACCACCUGGGACUUUUCAAUACCAUUUUCAAGCUCAUAGUCAAGAGGAAGAGAAGAAAUUUCUUAUUGUCCUACAGACAACAUGGCAGCAGGAACUAUUGGCACAAUUUGGAAAUUGCCUCGUUAUUGACAGUACCUUCAAUACAACGAAGUUCAACAUUCCGUUGUAUGAGCUUGUUGUGCACACCAACACUGGGUAUACUCCUAUUGGAAUAAUCAUCACUGAAGAUGAAACAGAAGAACAGAUUGCAGAAGGACUCAGCAUCUUGAAAUCUUGGAAUGCUGGUUGGAGUCCUUCUGUGUCUGUCACCGAUUGCGACAUUGCACAGAGCAAUGCACUGAGCAAAGUUUUUCCAGACUGCUCUCAAUUUCUGUGUAAAUUCCACAUCAUCCAGGCUUGGAAGAGAUGGCUAUCAAGAGGUGAAAAUAAACUGACAGGUGAAAAGGACGCAGUUUUGGAACAUCUGAAAAGUAUAGCAGAUUCUGCUACUAAGGAUGAUUAUCACAAUAACGUACAAAACUUAAUGGAUACAAAUAUGUGGAACGAAAAUGAACAUUUUCAAAAUUACAUCAACAAUUCCUGGCUGAGCAUUGCUAAGAAAUGGGUGAGAGCCUUCAGGCCUCUUGAUGAAGAUAUUGUCGUGUCAACAACAAAUGGGGUCGAAGUCCACCACCGGAUUUUGAAAGCCAUAUUAAACACCAACGGUUGCAGGACCGUACAAAGUCUUGUUGAUGUUCUCAUAAAGAAUUAUUUUGAGGAAAUGCUGAAGAGAUAUGUGACCAAAAACGUACAGCCUUUGAAAACAUCCAAGGUAUAUAAUGAUUCAGUACCUCGAUUUCUGAUAGAAAAGACACCUCCAUUUAUGGAGCAUUGUUUGUCUAGACUCGCAGAUGCCACUCUAAUCGACCCUUCAAUGGUUCGAAGGAUUUCUGAAUCACUGUUCAAUGUCACCUCCUCAUCUGAUCCCUCCAAGACUUAUGCUGUGGAUUUAACAGCCCCACACUGUGAAUGUUUUGACUUUCAGAAACAUUUUAUGCCAUGUAAACACGUGUUGGCUGUUUUUACGAUGUAUAAAUCAUCAUCAGAUGUUUGCAAUCAUUACAUGAAUUCUAAAUACUUUAACAUUAAUCAAAGAUUCUUGGACUGGAUAAACAACAAAGAUGUUGAAGCUUUGGCUUCUGCUUCAUAUGUGAAGCAGAAAAAAGCAAGAGAUGAAGACGACAAUAAUUGUAGUGAUGUGUUUAUUGCGACCGAAGAAAUUCCAUCUCUUGCACUCAGGAAAACAAAUGCAUCGUUAAAUAAAUUAAAGAAUUUUAUUAACAAUACAAACAGUGAGGAAGCCAUCAAAGAGUGCAAUGUACGUGUCACUGAAAUAUAUUCCACUUUGGAGAGGAAGUAUGGUUUUCCGUCUUCCUUUUCGAAAAUGAAAAGUCGAAGUGGAAACAAUGGAAAACUCCAAGUGCCAUCUUCCUUUCUCAAGACGAAAGUAAAGAACAGGCGUCGAUUACAGAAUAGAAGGAAAGUACAUUCAAUUUCGAAGAGAAAUCUACGUAGAGAAUCCAAACGAGAGGGUAUUGUUGAGAGUCAUUUUACUGGAGAGGAAGACAAAGCUUUCAAGGAAGUACAGAUGACAUUUUGUGAAGAAGAUGAAGAGAUUUUAAUCGAAGAAUGCGUGCAAGCGGCUGAGACAAUAUGUAAGGACAAAGAAAAGAUUGCACCUAUGGAAGGUUUGCAGGAGUCUGAGACAAUCUGUAAGGACAAAGAAGAAUUAGCAUCAAAGAAAGGUUUACAAGAGGCUGAGACAUUUUGUAUGGACAAAGAAAGGAUUGCACUUAAAGAAAGUUUGCAGAAGGCGGAGACAGUUUGUAUGGACAAAGAAGAGAUUACGCCUAAGGAAGGUUUACAAGAGGCUGAGACAGUGUGUAUGGACAAAGAAAAGAUUACGCCUAAGGAAGGUUUGCAGGAGGCUGAGACAGUGUGUAUGGAUGAAGAAGAGAUUACGCCUAAGGAAGGUUUGCAGGAGGCUGAGCAGACAGUUUGUAUGGACAAAGAAGAGAUUACGCCUAAGGAAGGUUUGCAGGAGGCUGAGACAGUGUGUAUGGACGUAGAAGAGAUUACGCCUAAGGAAGGUUUACAAGAGGCUGAGACAGUGUGUAUGGAUGAAGAAGAGAUUACGCUUAAGGAAGGUUUGCAGGAGGCUGAGAGAUUUUGUAAGGACAAAGAAGAGAUUACACCUAAGGAAGGUUUACAAAAGACUGAUAAUCCAUUUGACACCUACGAACUAACAAUGCAAUUUGAUGAAGCCAUGGAAUCUGACAUAGAAUCGUAUUCACCUAUCACUGAACGAGAGCUCAAUACCUUUUUUGAGAAAGUGCCAUUUAACCCAUCGUUUCAGAUACCAUUACCUGAUUAUGUGGAGAUAAAUCCUUAUAAUCCACAUCUCUUGCGAAUGAAAGUAAGAGAAAACAAAUUAUCUGAGGAUGAGAUUCCAGAUUCUGUCAAGAAUUACAAACCAAAAAGAAAAAUUAAGCUUUCAUCUUAUAAGGAAACUGAGACUGUAUGUAAGGACAAAGAAGAGAUUGUACCUGAGGAAGUUUUGCAGGAGGUUGAGGACCCUAUAAUACCCGACAUCGAAGAAAUCUGGAAAAAUCAUCGGGGAUCGCCAUCAUUAAUGGCAAUAGUCGGGCCAUAUAAAUUAUAUGGAACAUCCUUUGAUUCUCUCAGAAGUGGAAUGGAGGUUACAGAUGAGAUAAUUGAUGCCUACUUGCAAUCCCUGAUAGAUGCAGGUAACCACAAUGUGUCAUACAUCAGCUGUGUUGUAGCAGGGAAAUUAUUACUUCAACCUAGUGUUUGUGCUCUGAUGACAUCGCUAUCUCUGGAUGCAUAUGAACAAAUCUUUUGCCCAUACAACAACAAUGGCCAUUGGGAGAUGUUUGUGGUCAUGCCAAAGGAGAAGACUAUAAAGUAUAUAGAUCCGCUGGGAGAACUUACAAAGAAGGGAUGUAAUAUAUUACGAUCAUGGAAGACGUUCAUUAACCGGCGUUUUUCUGCGGGUUUGGAAUCUACUGGACCAAGCAAAUGGAAGCUAGAGACCAUUCAGCACAGCAAACAAAUGGACUCUGUCAGUUGUGGAGUUUUUAUCAUGAAGUUUGCUGAAUUGCUCAUACAAGGAAAGCCACUAUUUUUUAACAGUAGACAUGUGGACACAAUCCGAAAAGACAUUGCUGCAAUUUUAUUAGGAAGUUGUGGGAAUGUGACAAAUAAUUGCCGUUCCUGUGGCCAGAAUUACAGAUUGCAGCACAAAUGGAUACAAUGCAACUCUUGCCAGUGGUGGCACCAUUUUCAAUGUGCUGACGUAUCAAGAUCAUACGAUGAAGCCAGUGAUGACUCUUUUUAUUUCAUCUGUAAGACUUGUCGCGGACUCGAUACCCAACCUUGCACCUCACAAGCGCGGGAACCUCCCAUGAAAAAAAAGAAAACCAAUCAGGAUGACUCUCAUGGAAGAAAAGAUAACUUGUUGCAACACGAACAAAAAGUUAGUACAGAAUUAACAAGGGAACCUUUUGUUGUUUGUAAAUUAUCUAAUCUGGUCAAAUUAUGUGCCGGAUGCAGGGAGAGAUUUGAGAAGCCGUUAAGAUGUCCAAAAGAUAUAGGCAUACGCCACAGGGAGAUGGACAGUUUCUUUGACAGAAAGGAAGGGCGAAUGCGUGAGGUAUUUAACAACAAAUACUAUCAUGUCUCGGCUAACUGCAUUCAGGCUAGAAACCCGUUAUUCACCAAAUCAUCAAUCUGUGUUCCACCGGACCUCAAGUUAACACAGGAACAUUUGGCACAUUUUAAAUGCCAUGGGGUAGACUUAACAUCUCUUCUUCACAGAAAAAUUUAAACAAGAAGAUGUAGAAAGAAUAUGUGAUUGUAUUUUUAUGCACCUAUAAACGACGAUUAAUCAGUCAAUUAAUCUGUGAAGGCCUUAUUUUGAUACCAACAUACUUGAUUUGUAUUCCAUAAUU